AUGAGUUCAAGUGAUGAUAAUGGUAGUCGUAUACAGGAAGUAAAGAUCAUAGCACCGAUCAAUAUAGCACUGGUCAAAUAUUGGGGCAAAAGGAAUGAAGACCUUAUGCUUCCACUGAACGAUUCUAUUUCACUUUCUGUCAAUGAUGUUUGUGCGAAAACGAUAGUGCGGGUAGGGCCAUCAAUUAAGAAGGAUUCAGUCACUAUCAAUGGUUCAACUGUCUGUUUUUCAAAGCACCCGGGAUUUCUUCGAUGUUUUAGAAUUGUCUCCGAAAUAAGUUUUCCUGUUCAAGCAGGACUUGCUUCUUCAGCAGCCGGUUUUGCUGCUAUUGCAUAUGGUCUUGGGCAAAUUUAUCAGUUAACUACGAGCGACAUAGUUCGUAUUGCUAGAAUGGGUUCUGGAAGUGCAUGUCGAAGUAUCUUAAGUGGUCUUGUACAUUGGAAAGCAGGUGCUGCAGAAGAUGGUUCUGACUGUAUUUGUGAAACAGUUUUUCCAGAAGAUUAUUGGCCUAAUUUGAGGUCGCUAAUUUUGGUAACUUCACAUGAUGCAAAGAAAGUUGGUAGUUCUAAUGGGAUGCAAUCAACUGUUAAAACUUCAAAAUUAUUGCAAGCUAGGAUGGAUAUUGUGCCUAAGCAAAUAAUGAAGUUAAAAAAUGCUUUUCGCGAUAGAGAUUUCGGGAAAUUUGCCGAAGUAGUAAUGUCGGACAGUGGACAAUUGCAUGCUUUAUGUAUGGAUACAAUGCCAUCUCUCAGAGUACCUUUCCAAUUUCUUUUUCAGUUAUUUUUCAAAGAUGAUACAAGGGAGCUAGGAGCAAAAUUUGUGGCCAUCGGAAGAGGUGCUGAACUGCCAAAUUUGGAAUCACGGUUGUAA